AUGCCGACACUACCUCCAGCCAUUAAACCAACCUCGGGCUCAUCUAUUUCGGGCGACGAUACACGUCUACGUUCUGACGCUCCCUUCGACACUGAAAUAAUCUCUUCCAAUGCAUGGACAGAGCAUUUGGAGUGCUACUCAUUAUCAGACAACGAGCCUGAGCUGGCAGAUAAACAUCAUGAACUGCAGCCUAUCGAAGAGACCGUCAAAGCAGCUCGUGUACUCUACAACUUUGAAGGAAAGGCUGAAUUCAGGGAACUGACCGUCGAAGCUGGAGAUGAACUGAGUAUCUUGAAGGAAGAAGCCGGAGAUGGCUGGAGUUUGGUGAGAGCGAGCUGCUCUGGUGAAAUAGGGCUACUACCUCAGACAUAUUACACGUGCACGACUAGUUUUAUAGCCGUUCAUGCAAAAAAGGAGCUGUCUUCCAGUGCGAUCACCUCCCAAGCAUCUCUCCAGGAACAGUCGAAGCCACUUUCUAUCGUCCCUCAGGAUACUGGUGAAUGGAUGAACCCUCUCCCAAAUUUCAGGCAAAGUCUUCUUAGAGGCAAGAGUUUGAAUCGGUUUUCCGGGUUCGUGACAAGCGGUGCAGAAGAGUGGGUUCUCGAGGGCUAUGUCGAUCCAGUCGUUUCAAAUCCAUCCACUUCACAUCAACGGAUCUCUACGGAGGACUCCAUCAAUGAUGAUAAUAGGCUCAGUAGACUUGGGCUGGGGGAAGCAGAUAGGCACUAUGUCGACACUGGCCCUACAUGGCAAUCUAAGGUCCCGAAGUUUCGAGUCUUGGUUCACUCACCUUCGAAGCGCACGUCGGGCCUUUCAGGAGCAUAUACUAUGUAUAGUGUCACUUCACUGUUUUCUUCGACUACGGAUGAAUCAUAUGAUACAUGCAUCCCACCGAUUUCUCCCACCCGUAUAACAGUUCAACGGCGGUUUUCUCACUUCAUCGUGUUGCACACCUCACUGACUAGACGUCUUCCUGGAAUUGCGCUCCCACCACUUCCUGAUAAACAGUAUGCUGGGCGGUUCAGUGCUGAUUUUGUCGAGGCUCGUAGAGGCGAACUCGAGAGAUAUAUUAGGUGUAUCGUGAGGCACCCUGUUGCACGAUAUGCCGAAGCCGUCACGUCUUUUCUCGGUUGCGAAAAUGAUGUGGAAUGGAAACGGCUUAUGCCCCAAUUACUUUCGAUGCCUGCUGCUGGACCUUCAUUCUUUGCACAUGUCUUUCAUCCUGCAUUCAACAUAGACGUGGACGAUGCCACAGAAGUAAUAGAUCGCUUCGGUCGUCACACCCUUGCAGUGGGCAAGGGCAUGCAGAGCUUGAGAAACAUCUUUGGUCGCAUUCGUGAAGUGAGACUAGAGAUGUCAAAAGCCGAACGAUUGUUGUCGUACUCAUUGUUGUCCUUGAUUACGUCGACACCUUUGUCUUCUGCUCCCGUGGCCGGGAUUAAGGAGGAUGCGGAGGAUACGCCUUCACAGAGAAACGGCCUCUUGAAUGAAGAGGGAGCUUGGUGUUGGCGUGAAGGCUGCCAAGAUUGUUUGAAGCUCACAAAAGCGAUGCAGAAAACAUCAGAUAGUUUGCAGACUGUUGCAGACCUGUAUGACGACCAUGCCCGGCGUACCCAACUUGAGACCCACGAAGCCUUCAAGAGCGUUGCUCAUCCAUACCAGCUGUAUGAGGGAAUUAUUGAAACCCACCAAUCUACUGUUUCGCGAUAUAAAGAUGCUCUCAAGGGGAAGUCGAACGAUGAGAUGACCGCACGCUGCGAAACUGUCUUGAAUACUACGAUGGCUGAGAUGGACACAUACCACGACCAGAAAGUGGAAAACUUCAGCACAAUAACGAGGGAGUAUCUUGAUGGGGAAAUACACUUUUACGAACAGGUUUUGCACAAGUUGAAGGCAGCACGGCGCACCUUCGACGCUCCGCGUUUUGACCAGCUGAACAGGUCACCUCGUCAACCUUCAAGACAUGAACUGGAUUUAGAAGCCCCAAAGCUGAAUCCUCCACCACUGCCACAGCCCUGUCCUCAUGCAUAUGACUCAGCGCCUAUGAGGCCAGUGAAUACGGCAAUACAUAAGGGGAUCGGAGCACUACUUGGAAAGUCCAGCCUGGUAGAAAGGGGAGUCUUUUGGGAAGAAUGGUGUUGCAGGACUGAUUUCGCUGUAUCUAUCUAG